GUAUGUCAACUGCAAGGAAGGUAAUGAGUGCUGUAAUGAAAGCAAUUAGAGUAUCAGAGUUUGGGGGUGAGGAAGUACUUAAGCUACAAACAGAUGUUCCAAUACCAAAGCCUCAGAUAAACCAGGUCCUUAUAAAGGUGUUUACUGCUGGGGUAAACCCUGUAGACACAUACAUCAGAUCAGGGGCAUAUGCAAGACUACCUGAGUUACCAUAUACACCUGGUAAUGACUGUGCUGGAAUUAUACAUGCAGUAGGGGACAAUGUCAAGCAGUUUACAAAAGGGCAGAGAAUAUACUGUAUGAGAGGCGAAGGAACAUAUGGAGAGUAUACAGUGUCGGAUGAGGAGUUUGUUCACCCUCUCCAUGACAAUCUCUCCUUCAGUCAGGGGGCAGCACUUGGAGUAGCCUACUUCACAGCCUACAGAGCACUAUUAAUAAGAGCAGCAGCUAAGCCAGGGGAAUCUGUCUUGGUACAUGGUGCCAGCGGUGGGGUUGGUCUAGCUGCUUGCCAGAUUGGCCAUGCAAGAGGUAUGAAGGUCAUUGGAACAGCAGGGUCAGCUGAAGGCAUGUGCAUUGUCAGUAGGAAUGGAGCAAGCAAAACAUUCAACCAUAAAGAAGAUGGCUAUGCAGAAAAGAUUAGUGAAUACACCGAUGGUGAAGGAGUGGAUGUCAUCAUAGAAAUGUUGGCCAAUGUUAACCUAGCAACAGAUCUCACAUUGCUCAAAACAAAUGGUAAAGUUGUGGUAGUUGGCAAUAGGGGAAGCAUAGAGAUCAAUCCAAGAUUAACUAUGGCCAAGGAGUCUUCCAUUAUGGGCUGCAUGCUCUGGCAAAUGUCAAAGUUGGAGAGUCAAGAGAUAGCUGCUCAGCUGGAAGUUGGCGCAGAACAAGGUUGGGUGAAGCCAGUCAUAGGAAAGGACUUUUCUCUCGAUCAGGCGCAGGACGCACACCAUCUAGUCAUUAACAAUAAAACGACCACUGGCAAAAUAAUAAUCAGUAUGCCAUGAAAUUGAUCUACAUGUAAUAUACUUUCAUUAUUUUAGAUAAACUUAUAGGCUUCAUUCAAAGUUUCAAAAUAUAGUCUUAUCAUCCAUCUACUUUCAUGCCUUGGAAAACUAUAUAAGACGUUUUCUGAAAAACUGUGAAAAAAAAGUUUUUUUUCACAUAUAACUUUCAAAUAUUUGAAUUUCCCACCAUUUUAGAAACCAAAGAUUUUGAGAUGAGUGUUAUCUGAGAGUUUUUUUCCCAAUGACUUGAGAGAAUUUCAUUGAUUUAUUGGGAUAACACAGACCCUUAUCACAGACAAUCCAGUGAUUGCACUCACAUUUUGGAAACACAAAGAUAUAGAAAGAAUGGACUGACAAGGCUGGGAAUAGCAGUUGCACUUUGUUUCGUAAAGUGUUCCUGGAAACGCAACGCCCAUGUCAAAGUGUACAACUUAUGUAUUGCAGUUUUGCACUGCAAAUUGCGCAUGCAGUAACUCCAUCAAAUAAUCAAAACAAUCCUGAUCGAUGUUCAGAUGAUGAGUCAACGAUGUCAGGAUCAUAUUGCAUGUAUGAGUUUUCUGAGCACCUUAAAAUACAUAGCUUUUAUUUUUAUAGAGAACACAUAUUUUGUAUUCCGUUUUAACUUUAGCUGCCUAUUUGACUCACUAUUCAUAUCUGUAAUAUUGAAAAACUCAUGCUUUAAAGGCCUCCUUACAUAUGACUCGUCAGACUUCUUGUGAAUUGGUUUCUGUUCUGGCGAUUGGGAAUAUAAACAUGCGAACCGAAGCACAACUUUGCGCAUUCUUCUUAAGCAGUGUCUGUAGCUUCCCGGAAGUUUUUUUUACAUAUACAGCAACGUGGGGCGUAGGAAGGUGUAAAUUCAACACUA